CAAAAUGGCGGCGAGAAUGUUGUUGAUGGAGGUGGAGUUUUUCAAAUUUCCUCCAGCAUGACGGAGUACAACACAAUUUAAUGUGUCCAGCUCUUAAUUCAGUGUCGCCAAAUGGUGGACAAAAUGGUUUGCGACAAUGGGGAACAACCAAGAUUUUAUAUGGGAGACAGUGUGGAGGAAUUAAGCUUAUUUCAAGACAAGUUGUUAGAAAAGUGUGCAGAAAAUGCACCUAUAGUUGACCCUCAUUCCUGGUUAGAAGAAGAUACUGGUUUGUUUCAUAGAGUAGACUCCAAUAUUAUUUAUGUGCCCAAAAUCAAGCGCGCUAAACUUAUCGGCAAGUAUUUGAUGGGUGACGUGCUGGGAGAAGGUGCUUAUAGCAAAGUUAAAGAAAUGCUGGAUUGUGAGAGACUGCGAAGGUGUGCGGUAAAAAUUUUAACCAGAAGACGGUUGAGAAGAAUUCCUAAUGGCGAGCAGAAUGUUAAAAGAGAAAUUCAGUUACUCAAGCGUUUACACCAUAACAAUGUUAUCAAACUAUACGAUGUUAUUUACAACGAAGAAAAGCAAAAAAUAUACAUGAUAAUGGAGUAUUGUGUUGGAGAACUACAAGAAAUGGUUGAAAGUGUAGAUGAUCAUAAAUUUCCAAUAUCACAAGCCCAUGGAUAUUUUUGCCAGCUGAUUAAUGGUUUAGAAUAUCUACAUUCUCAAGGAAUUGUACAUAAAGAUAUAAAACCAAGUAAUUUAUUAUUAACCACUGAUGAAACCCUCAAGAUUUCUGAUUUUGGUGUCGCGGAGGGUCUUGAUAGAUUCGCUCCAGAUGACACGUGCAGGACCAGUCAAGGAUCACCAGCCUUUCAGCCACCAGAAAUAGCCAAUGGUGUUGAAACGUUUUCUGGAUUUAAAGUUGACAUUUGGGCAUCAGGAGUUACACUGUAUAAUAUAACCACUGGAAAAUACCCCUUUGAGGGGGAAAGCAUUUACAAGUUAUUUGAAAAUAUUGGCAAAGGUGUUUUUACCAUCCCUGACUGUGUGGAUGAAUUGCUUUCUGAUCUACUAAGAGGUAUGCUAAAUUCUGAUCCUGCUGAGAGAUUUACAUUACAACAGAUGCGUCACCACAGAUGGGUUCAAAAGAAUCACCCUAGAGUAGAACCAUAUGUUCCUAUUCCCCCAUUGAAUGACAACCCACUACGGAGCAUGUCAGUUGUUCCUUACUUGGAGGACUUGCACUCRCCAAAAGAAGACAUAGAUGAACAUCAACAUGAACUGGAAUAYAAUGACAGUAUGUUACAUCUAUCUCCAGAAACUUCCCUUGAUGAUCUCAAUUCUCCUGCCUCAUCGGUUGACAAGAAGAAGACCAAACUAUUAAAAAGACCAAGUCUAGGCUCAUGUAAAACUCAAUGAAUAUUAUUAUAAUCAUGAUGUAAAUAUUGUUAAUAUUUUUUAAUUAUGUUAUCUUUAUUUACUGGAAUAUGAAAGGGACAUGGUCCACCAGCAUUCAGUCCAUUCAUUCAGAAUUUUUCAUAUUAUGGAAAAUGAGAAAUAUCCAUUUGCAAUCCAUUUUCAUCCAUUGGGUUUAAAGGUUGAAUCUUGCAAUAUCUCCUCCAUCAUUCCAAUAUAGUACAAGGGGAUAAUAAAGAGUAAGUUCUUGCUUAUAUUACGAUGUAUUUUUAUUUUUAAACAUGAGCAAAACCUCGAAAAAAGGAUGCUUGUGGACCAUGUCCCUUUAAGAAUUACUUCAAAUGACCUUAUUAAGCUGAGGGAAAUUGUUAAGUUAAAGUCCAGACAGCCACAGAUCUUGAGAUUCAGUCUUUGGAGGGCCAUUUAAUGGCUAACAUCCCUCCCUCAUGAAUAACAUCGGGAAAWUAUUCAUUUUGGACUAUUAGAAACAAAUCUUCCUUUGUGCUAUUCAUGAGGGUUAGAUGUGUAAGCCAUGAAAUUGCCCUCCAAAGACAAUGGAUACAAAGGUGAUCGUGGUAUUACUCAGAUACAAUGAAUGGGCAACUCURCUGCUAUCAUAUCACACUAAUGAUUUGUCAGAACUUCAUUGUCAACGUUUUAUUAAUUAACUUUUAGACAGUCGUCUUUUUUUGAAUGCUAAGCAUUCAUCUUUAAAAACUCUUGGCCACUUGGUUGAUAAUUUAUUUCUACUUAAUCAGAUGCAUUUCCUUAUUAUGAUAUUUAUUUCCAUACCUGAAAUUACACAAUGUAAUACACAACUUUCAAAAAUGGCAGUAGUUCACAGCCGCCAAUAUUGCGGACUAGUGACAAAUCAUGGAAAUGAGACCUCAAAAGCCUUAUGUCUAGAAAUUACUACAAAGAUCGCAUGUAGGCUAGUGUCUUAAAGUUUGAAAAAUGUAUUUGGUAUGUUGUUUGAAAAAAACACUCUUGCAAGACACUAUCUUAGUUUACUAUACAGAGACUGGCCUUUGAGACCUUAGUGCUUUGCAGUGGUCAACAACCGUGACAUAUCACGCCAUUUUUGAAAGUCGUGAAUAGAGGACAUAGAGCACCAACACUAAAAUUACAAAAAAACUUUAGUAAUUAAGUAGUGCUCAAUUGCACUGAAUUUUGAGAAGUGCUUGGUUUUUCAUUAUCUAAUCUACACUAUAUUGCACUACUUGGUUUUAAUAGUACUUAUUCAUGCUUAUAGUGUUUGCACUCUAAACCUUUUUGGAUUUAAUUUCGUAGCAAUAGAUGCAUGUUGUUGGGAUAAAAUUGAAAAUUCAUUUACAGUAAAUAAAAAAAUAAUUCCUUAA